AUGGAUUCAAUCAAACAGGGACGUCAGUCCACUAUAAACACAGGCUCUCCACCUGCGCACUUCAACCCUUCCAGGAUGUCAUCCAGUCGUCGAAAGCAGCUGAGCGGAUCAAUCACCCCGGAACGUACCAUACAUCGGCAACCAAGGCGUUCUUCUCUCCAUGUGUCUAAGGCAUCUGUGAAUGGUGUUCAUGCAGAUUACCGAGACAUGUCCAAUAGCCAUUCUUCCCCAGGAGGCUACCGGCCAAUUACGCCACGGAGGGCUUGCUCUACCCCUCUCGGUGUUAAUCCGAACUCUGCUCUCCUCAAAGAUAUGAUCAACGAACGACGCGCAGCUCGUGGUACACGCCCAUCAGGUUCAUCAGAACAUGGCAGCAAUGACCGAUCACCAAGUGUUACUGCAGACCCGUCAGGAAAUUUGGCGACUUCUGAGAAGAGCUACAACAUUCACAACCCCAUCUCUGCCGGCCUGAAAGAACCAACAGACAUGGGCCUCAGGGAAAUGAACAAGUACAUAUCGAAAAUUAACAAGGAAAUAUUUGACUUGAAGCUCGAAAUUGUCCACCGAAUAGAACAUAUAAAUACCUUGAAAAAGAAGCUGGAGCGAAUACCUGAAUUGGAAGAGCAAAUCGAGAAACUAGAAGCCUCGCGUGUGGAAUUACAGGAAGAGAAUCAGAACCUUCAAAAUGAGCUUGACAGGCGAGAUCGAGGCCUGUAUGAGGCAGUCGGGCUUAUAUGCGAUUUAGAAAACAAAAUUGAAGAUAUGGCAGCUGAAAGGGCUGAGGCGCCAUCGACCCCCCACCCUUAUCGUAUCAUUGAACCGGUUCCAUAUACCGAGGCUCUGGAUGAGGGUCAAACGCCAAAGAACGCACCAAUGAUUGAUGUACCGGACAGGACAUCAUCGCGUAGAGGGACAACCUCCGCAACGUCUCGCCGCUCGCGCGUCCUCUCUUUACGGCAGACGCGACGCCAACCGUCCUUCCUCCAAGAUCAGACAGAAAGCACAAGUGCGUUGCGAAGCCUAUAUUUCGAGGAUGUAAAUAGCUCGCGGCGGUUUAGUAUUUUUUCAGGCCACGAGUCGGAAGCAUUGGAUUCACCAAGGUUGAGUGCUCUUAGUGAGUGCAGCGAUUUGAACCCGCCUCCAAGUCCUAUAAAGCUAGGUCAACCUCAGAUAGCGAAUAUGACACCUUCCCAAAAUUCUACCCCAUCCCCAGACACGGGAACGGUGAGACAUCAUGAGGCUAUUGGCAGUAAGUUCUCGCGGAUUGAGCAAUGGAUCCCAGCCCAUUCGCCUCUACAGGUCACUCACGACCAGACCCCUACGAAGCCUGAAACACCAAGUUUCCACGGCUCAUCUCGAAAACAACCAGCGCUUGGAGCUGCAUUUGAAGCCAAACGUAAUCCGUCCGGGUCAAAACCUCCACCCACCCGAGACAGUGCAACUUUUGGAGGACGGCUACCGCCCACCCCAGACACUAUGAGCACUUCCUUCAUCGACCCUCGGAAUCGGUCUAAUCCAAACAUCAUUGAGGAGCGAAGCAUGUAUGGGACUGCACGCAUAUUUUCUUCCGUAACCAGUGUGGCCUCCGUGGGUCGUCCUGGAUCGGCUGGAGAUAUAACAACUCGCCCUAGCACCGCCGAUACUGCUCUGCUUAACGGAGCUGAGUCUUGGAAUUAUCCUGAUUUUGCAGCCGACCGUAACGCUCGACUCAACAGCUUGUUUCCUCCCCCAACCUAUACUCGUCACUUAUCCGAACCCCCCCCGGGUAUGUAUAUCGACGAAAGUCACUAUGACACGAAGAAGGGCGAUUCUCUCCCGAGUGUGACGCCACCAAAAUAUGCUGCUUCUAUAAAGUCGACAAUGUCGGAUUCGGCUAUAUCGCAGUUUUCGCGCAACAAAACUGUAACAAAUUCGCAUAUCCUGUCUCCAGAGGAUUGGUUGGAAGCCGCCUUACCCAUCUCAAACGAUGAUAUUGCCCGGGCAGACAAGCAGGCCGACGUGGAGCCAGAAGUUUAUAAAUCCGCGGAAGCAUAUGAAUCCGGUGAUCAGACUAAUGCUGGACCUCCUACGACGCCUGUUAGUCGUAUUCGGCAUAAAAGACUGGCUUCAAUGAACCCAAACGAUAUGCGCCGGCGUUUCACCUUCCGCAUCUUCGGUCGUUCCAAAACCAACAGCCCCUUUUCUGCGGAUCCGGAUGCGGAAGAGACAGAACCUUAUCGUGGAAGUCAAAAUAAGCGGCCCGGUACCGCCCGCCGUCGUAGUAUAAAAUUCGAUCCAUUACCCACGACGCGAGAUCGCCCUCUUUCCCUACAUUCUGCUACAGGAGCCGAAUUAGCUAAAAGACCACGCACAUCCAACAGCAUGGAGAAUGUCAAGAACUUUCGCCGUGCACAGCACAGUGUUUUCUCCUGGUUUAAAGGCCCGAAAAAUUCCAAUGGUUCCGAAGCUUCAGGGAGAUUGAAUUCUCAGCCUCCUGGGCGACCAAAUUCAGCAUGCGAGAUUAGAAAUCGGUCUAGUGUUCAGUUGACUCCUAAACCUGGCACCUCAAAUCACGCUUCGACUAUGAAAAGUCGCUCUCGGCAUCCACUUUCCGGGCAACUAACUUAA